AUAGCAACCGGCCUCGAAACAAAAUGGCGAGCAUUAUGGAAGAGACCCUUACUAUUACUCUUGGAGGAUGCAGGAAUUUACGUUCUACUCGCGGGGAAGUGUUCACUAUAUUUGGCCAAGUGUCUCUUGGUAAGACAGUAUUAGGAGAGUCAUCACGACAAGAAUACAAAUCAGCUACUAGUGGAGGGAAGGAGGAGGAGGGGAAGAAAGGGAAGGGAGGAAAGGGAGUAGAGUCAGGAGGAGGAGGAGGAGUGACAAGUGGUGGGUCUAGUGGAGGGACAGGAGGAGAAGAGGAGAACGAGGGGAUUGGUCAGUCUCUUAAUUUAGAAGUGAAGCACACCAUUAAAGUAAAUGAUCCACAAUCACUAGAUGAACUUGUACGGAACCCUCUCCUAGUAAGUGUAUAUGAAGUGCUUCCAAAGGAUAAAAGAGCUAAGGAAGAGAAGACUCAAAUGCUGGGCAUAGCUCACCUUGACCUCCUACCAAUCAUUCAAGGUCAAUGUCAUAUGGAGCAGACACUGUAUCUCCAGCCACUCAGUGCUACCUCACCAGUGACAGAGAAUUUGCCUGAAGUUGAUGUUGUAGUUAAUCUUGGUAAAGGAGUAGUCUUUUUAUCUGAUGAUAUCUCUAAUAGUAAUAUAAUGUCUUUGAGAGUCAAAGGAGUAUAUUCAUUGCCUGAAGGAUGGUCUCCAAGUCCUUUGGUAUCAUUCACUAUAGCUACACCUAAACCUAAUCCUGGAGAUAAUUCAUUGGUUCCUCUCAGUAUGGCUAAUGGUGAGAUUAAACCUGCUGGUGAAGUUGAUUUGGCUCAGUCUAUGAGACUCUGGAAGUGGGCAGAGCUCAGUCCAGCUACAGCAGGAUUAUCAUCAUUGACUGACCAUGUUAUUGAGUCUAAUGCUAUUGAAGAUGAAUCAGGUCAAAUCUCAUCUUACGACGACAUUGAUUUCAGACGACUAGCAGAGUCCCGUCGUCCAAGAAUAGUUUGGAACUCUGAGCUUCGGACAUACCUCACUCCGACCCUCAACAUAGCCUUGUUGCGUCAACUCUCCCGCUCCCCCAUCUGGCCAGUUGAACUAGUACGAAUAUCCUCCUCAUCCAGUGGACGUGGGAAAUCAAAGGAGGAGGAGACGACCAUAUCCCAUCAUGGAGUGGCUUAUCUUGAUCUCUCUAGUUUGUUGUAUCCAGGAGUCACUCGUGUCUUUGGUGCUUAUUAUGUUGAGAGUCUCAAUGAGAUAGAGUUGGGAGAAAGGACUAAUGAAGUACACACUAAGAACGUAAUGGAAUCACUUUAUAAAAGUGGUGCUUUUGGUAGUGGUAAAAAGUUUGCUGCCAAGAGGCCCAGUACAUCAAUGAGAGCUUCUGUUGUAUCCAUCAAUUCAGCAGCUGAGACACUAACAUCAGAAUCAAAAGUGGAUGGUCAUGUGUAUAAAGAUGCUAGAACUUACAUGCUUCUUGAGCUAGAGUUAUCUAAUCCUCUUGUACCCAAGAGACCAGCAUCAGUCAUUGCAGAGAAGAUAACAGAGUAUAUUACUCCUCAUCCUCCUCUACCUCGUAAAGUCAGUGGAGUGGAGAAAGCUAUCAAAGACUUUCAUACUAGUACAACUGAUGUGGCUGGACUAUUACUAGCAGAUUAUAGAGGCCUGUUUGGUAAAAUCCUUCAAGAGAAAGGUGAGCUUCCUAAUUCAGGAGGCGAAGGAUUUGAAGAGAGGAAGCGUCAGUUGCUCUAUUCCUUGAACACCUCAGGACACUAUCAUGCUUACAAGGAGCACAUGAAGAGAAGUGUAGUACAAAUUGUGAGAGAGAAAUUCCUCAAUGAAGCCAACACUGAAGACGAAGCUGAAAAGCAAUCAUUUCUCUCUCGUCUGUAUACAUUCCUAGUAGAUGAGAUGCAUGUUGCGUUAGGUAAAGUGUUUUCAUUGGAGGACUCAGCUCCUGUUGCUCCUACUAUUGUGGACUGUGAUAUGCUAAGACAAUAUGCAGCUGAGGCAGAGUCAAUGCUAGACCUUGAAUUGGCAGAAUAUUAUCACAAAGAGUUGUUAUCAAGAGAGGAGCACAUUGCCCUUCAUUGGUAUGAUUAUGGAGUUUUCUUUCUAUUAAAGGGAGAUCUUGACAACAGUAGACAGUGCCUCAAGAGGGCAGUAGCUCUUGAUCAACAGUUCUUACCUGCUUUGCUGUUAUAUGGAAUGUGUUCCAGUUUGGAUGAGUGCUUUCCUGAAGCUGAUGAAGUAAUGGAACUAGCAACAACCAUUGAUUCUAGCAACCUUGUAGCAUGGACCAUGAGAGGCCUUUGCUAUGAGUUAUCUAAUAAUACAUCAUAUCGUGACAUGUGUUUCCAAGAAGCUCGUAAGCUGGUCUCCAGUGAUGCCGAUAAGACAUACAUUACUCCAUUGCCUAAGCCUCAGACUCAAGUAUCUAAAGAAUUAGAGGAACCACCACCACAAGGUCCACUCACUUCACACAGUCUUAGUCAAGCUGAUAUUGAUCAACCUGGAGCUGAUGCUACUGGAGAGACAACAGAACCAAAUGAUCAAACAGCAGCUGGUAAUGGAGGAGGAGGAGGAGGAGGGGGUGAACCCAAUGAAGGAGAACCAGAGAAUACACCAACAGGCCCACCACCCACACAACUAAUUAAAGAUGAAGUGUCAAGAUCUAUGCAAGAGAUUGGACAAACAGUCACCAGGAAACGACACAGCAGCCCCUUUGUACAGACUGCUUCCUAUCUACUUGAUGUACAUGCUGCUAAAUAUGCUGAGAUGUGUUUGGCUCAUGAGAAUGUGCUCCAGUCCCAGGUCAGUAAUAACAAGGUCCCAUCCUCCACUGACAGUGGUACACCAACUUCUCCUUACUCCAGUGGCAGUGUUGGCUAUCACACAGCAGUUGCUAGACUCCAUUUAUUAAGAAAACAAUACAAAGAGGCUAAGGAGACAUUGUCAUGGGCUGUCAAGGAAGAUGUACUGAAUGCUAAUCUCUUAGCAUUGUUAGGUGAUUGUAAUUAUUAUUUGGAAGAUGUUGCUAAAGCUAAGGAUUGCUAUGAGAAGGUAGUGGAGUAUGUGACGCCACCAGGCCACAUCAUCGCUGUAUUGCUCAGACUAGCUGACUUGUAUAUACAGUGCUAUGAGCCUGAAAAAGCUAAGCAAACAUAUCUCAGAGCCUGCCGUAGAGCAGCCUCCAGUGUGACAUGGAAAGGAGUAGGAAUAUCUUGCUACAUGAUGAAGGAGUAUUCAGAGGCAGAGGAUGCAUUGUCUGAGGCUAAUAUGCUCAAUAAUCUUGACCCUGUGGUCUGGGCCUAUCUUGCUCUAGUCUGUUACAAUACUGGGAGGAAACAAGAGGCAAACCAAGCUGUCAAUUUUGCUAUUAAAACUGGUCUAAAGGAUCCUUCUCUAAAACAGCAACUACAGGUCAUUACUCAAACCUAGUUGGACAUGAUACAAGAGCUUAUUUUCAUUACAGCUAUCACUUGUUAAUUAUUAUUAUGAUUAUUAUGAUUAUGCGAUGCAUCACUUACAUGUAUAGUCUUACAUUUCGACAAACAAAUAUGUUAUUAAUGCCA